UCCGGGGAGACAAGAUUUAGUGAAUGCAGGGUCCGGGGAGACCAGAUAUAGUGUAUGCAGGGUCCGGGGAGACUAGAUAUAGUGUAUGCAGGGUCCGGGGAGACUAGAUAUAGUGAAUGCAGGGUCCGGGGGAGACCAGAUAUAGUGAAUGCAGGGUCCGGGGAGACUAGAUAUAGUGAAUGCAGGGUCCGGGGAGACCAGAUAUAGUGAAUGCAGGGUUCGGGGAGACAAGAUAUAGUGAAUGCAGGUUUUAGUAAAU